AAAAUAAACAAUUUCAUGAAAUUCGAGAAUUUUUAACAAAUUUUUUUGAUUUAAAAGGAUUUUAAAGCUUAAUAUCGUUCAAAAAUGGGUGAACGUAAAGGACAGAAUCAUUACUAUCCGCCAGAUUAUGAUCCGAAAAAAGGAAGUCUCAAUGCCUUUCUCGGGACCCAUGCCUUGCGUGAACGUGCUCGCAAGAUCCAUUUGGGCAUCAUUAUUAUCCGUUUUGAGAUGCCAUACAAUAUUUGGUGCGAAGGAUGCAAAAAUCACAUUGGCAUGGGUGUUCGUUACAACGCCGAGAAGACCAAAGUUGGAAUGUACUAUUCGACUCCCGUGUAUCAGUUUCGGAUGAAAUGCCAUUUGUGCGACAAUCAUUUCGAGAUCAAAACAGAUCCGGGCAAUUUGGACUAUGUGAUCGUUAAAGGCGCACGAAGACAAGAAAAUCGAUGGGAUCCAACGCAAAAUGAACAAAUCGUGCCCGAAACGAAGGAAGUUCAGAGGAAACUUUUCGACGAUCCGAUGUACAAACUCGAACACGGCGCAAAAGAUCAACAAGCAGCUGACGACGCAAAACCCGUAAUUGGAAGACUUUAUCAACGCAACAACGAUGUAUGGAAAGAUUGUUUCGAAGCGAAUUCCCGUUUGAGAGCGGAAUUCAGAAAACAGAAAAAAGAGAUAAAAGCGACGGAAGAAAAGGAUAAUGAAUUGCUCAAAAAGAGUAGUUUGGACAUAAAAUUACUUCCCGAAUCAGCUGACGAUCAAAAAGUCGCCAAAUUAUUAAGACUUCACGCAAGUAAAGACGUAAAAUCGCGCGAAAAACAAAAACAACUCGAAAUUAUGGCAAAACCUGCCUUACCUUCGACCCUUUUACAAUCAUUUGGGGGAUUAAAACGCGAAAAUUUGCUGAAACGAAGUCUGACACAAACAAAUAUCGGAGUUGUGAAAAAGAAAACAAAACUUGAUGAACCAAGUUCUUCAAAAGAAAGUCAAGAGAAGCCAAAAGAAGACAAUAAAAAAGGAAAUUCUUCACUUUCACUUUUGGGAAAUUAUAGUAGCAGCGAAUCUGAAUCAGAUCACGGAUAGAAUUCGUCAAUAAUAUACGUUAUUUGUUAAAAUUCUUUUUAUUUCUAUUUUUAAAAAAGGUCCUUAACUCAUAAGUUGAUGCCAAAAUACGUUAAAUGCCUUAAACAUUAUUUUUUUU